GGCGGCUGCUGCUCAGUGUCCGGCUCGGGCUCCGCUGCGGCUGCCCCGCGAUGCCGCACUCCGUGACCCUGCGCGGGCCUUCGCCCUGGGGCUUCCGCCUGGUGGGCGGCCGGGACUUCAGCGCGCCCCUCGCCAUCUCGCGGGUCCACGCUGGCAGCAAGGCUGCGCUGGCCGCCCUGUGCCCAGGAGACCUCAUCCAGGCCAUCAACGGUGAGAGCACAGAGCUCAUGACACACCUGGAGGCGCAGAACCGAAUCAAGGGCUGCCACGACCACCUCACGCUCUCCGUGAGCAGGCCUGAGGGCAGGAGCUGGCCCAGCAGCCCGGAUGACGGCAAGGCUCAGGCACUCAGGAUCCACAUCGACCCCGAGGCCCAGGACGCCAGUCCCGCGACCAGCAGGCGGCCCUCCGGCGCUGGGUUUGGGCCCGAAGACGGCAGAGCAAGCCUGGCAUCUCCGCAUGGGCAGCCCCCUCGCUUUCCUGUCCCCCAUAAUGGCAACAGCAACGAGGCCACCCUGCCAGCCCAGAUGAGCGCUCUGCACGUGUCUCCACCCCCCAGCGCCGACCCCGCCAGAGGCCCCCCGCGGAGCCGGGACUGCAGAGUGGACCUGGGCUCCGAGGUGUACCGGAUGCUGCGCGAGCCCGCCGAGCCCGCGGCCGCGGAGCCCAAGCAGUCGGGCUCCUUCCGCUACUUGCAGGGCAUGCUCGAAGCGGGCGAGGGCGGUAAGACCCCUGACCCCUGA